AUGGCCUUUUUCUCUGCACAGAACUCGGCGUUCUUCUGGGGAUCGUCCAUCUUCCAUAAUUCAAAGGGCCAGGACUGCCGCUCACUCGAUUUUUUCAAGGAUUCGGAGCGGUUUUUUACUGUGGUUGGCGUUUAUGACGGGCACGGCCUGGCAGACUUUGCAUCUAUGUACGGGUCUGAGUACCUGCCUACCAUGCUUGCAAAGGCUGUCUCUACUGCCUUGAAGCAAGCCCCUCUCAAUGCAAACCAGUCAGUCAUCAUCGCUACCACUCUCUGCAACGCCAUGCUCAACGCAGACGCACGAUAUGCGGACUAUGACCCGCCGGGUAACUCGUCUAGGUCCGGAAGCACAGUAAUCAUGUGCCUAGAGCUCAACAACGACCUUUACUUCAUCAAUACGGGCGAUUCACGUGCCUGUGUGGGAAGUCUAAAUAUCUACCAAUCGAUGCUGAACACCCCCGGCCAGAUAUCCGAGACGGUCAAGAAGUGUGAGCAGGAGAAGGGAACGGUGAAGGUAAGCAAACUCAAUGCAAUGCGGGGAAUAGAGCCCCUCUACUUUGAAGGGUCAGCUGCAGUCGGGGUGGUGGAGCCCAUGUCAAUAGACCACUGUGCCUCCCACAACGCCCGAGAGAUCAGUAGGUGCCGAAUGGCAGGGGCAACCAUAUCACAGAAUCGGCUUUUCCCGGAGACAUGUCUGCACUGGUGGAGCUUUAUGCUCACUAGGACGUUGGGAAACACAUUUAGCAAGGGGAAGGCAAUGGUAGCUAACCCGGACAUUUUUCGGAAGAAGAUAGUGAUGUCUGAUGACGACCUCAGGGACACGCUCUCUGCGGGGAGCGUAUCAGCAGAGCUGGCUAUGACCUCUGCCCGCAGUGUACCUCAUUCCAAUGACAGCAACCCCCGGCCACUGAAGAACCCCUCUGUAUUCUAUGACCUGCGAACAGGGACGAUUGGAAACAGCAUGUGUGACCCUGUCGACUAUGUAAUUCUGGGCUCCGAUGGAGUGUGGGCAGUCCUUAGCAACGAAGAAGUUCAUGCAGUUAUUCAGCGUAACGUGUCCAGCUAUGUGGAAACGGGCAACAUAGAUAACAUAAACCCUUGUCUAAUCGCGUCCGAACUCAGUCACAUCAUUAUGAAGAAGGUCGCAGAGGAAGACCUAUAUGCAGACGAUAUCACCAUCAUCUUGGGCUUCAGAAAAUCCUGCAUCUUCGCUGGGAACAGAGGCUGUGAUCCCUCAACUUAUAUUUUCAAGCAAAGCACCGGAGAGUGCAUCGACCUAGUCAAGCAGAAGGAAACACUGAAGAAGCUGGACACAUGGUAUUCGGACAUUCAGUUGUCUUUUAAAACUUACUACAAGGGCGUUGCUAUGCACGGGGCAUGCACCUAUGACUCUCUUCUGAAACUUUUAUAUACUAAUCACUCUGUACCUAUGACCAACAUGCUCAAUAAAUACCGCUUUCUUCUAGACAUAGACAGGAUUAUCAAGGAGGUUCACACCAGGUAUAAAAUCCUGAAGGGUGAAUCAAACCAACCUUGA